AUGUUUGACAGCUCGCAGUAUCCCUACAAUUGCUUCAAUUACGACGCCGACGACUACCCGGCCUGCAGCUCCGACGAGGAGAAGCGGCUCACGCGGCCCGCGUACAGCUACAUCGCGCUGAUCGCCAUGGCCAUUCAGCAGAGCCCGGCGGACAGGGUCACCCUGUCUGGCAUCUACGACUUCAUCAUGCGCAAAUUCCCCUACUACCGCGCCAACCAGCGCGCCUGGCAGAACUCCAUCCGCCACAACCUGUCCCUCAACAGCUGCUUCGUCAAGGUGCCGCGCACCGAGGGCCACGAGAAGGGCAAGGGUAACUACUGGACGUUCGCAGGCGGCUGCGAGUCGUUGCUGGACCUCUUCGAGAACGGCAACUACCGGCGCCGGCGAAGUAGCCCCACUGCUGCCAAGGACACCGCAGACAUGAGGAAGGCCAUUGCAGCUGCCAGCAGUGUUGCCACCACUGCCACCAUCAUGAACGGCAGCAGCAGCAGCAGAGGAACCACUGGCAGCAGAGCCAGCAGCAGCAGCAGCGGAGGAACUAGUGGCAGCAGAGCCGGUGUCAGCAGCAGUAGCAGAGGAGCCGGUGACAGUGGCAGUGGUGGCAGCGGCACCCUCGACAGCAGCAACAGCGGUGCCAGCGGUAAUGGCGGCAGUGGCGCCAGUAGCAGCAGCAGUGGGGGAAGCGGCACCAGCGGUAGCACUGGGAGUGCAGGAAGCGGCGGCAGCAGAGCAGGCGGCAGCGGAGCUGGCGGCAGUGGUGCCAGCAGCAGCGGCGUGAGCGGCGGCAGCAGCAGGCGUGACACCCUGCG